UAUCCCUUUGUCUUUAGCGGGUCGCGGAUGCUACGAAACGACGGCGUUUUGGCGUCGCCAAGGCAACGGCGCUGUCAGCUGAUGCGCUAUAAUUAAGGUCCCGUGGAUGGCGAGUUUGCGAGGCGCUCGCCUGAAUGUCACCCGAGGAGCCCGCGCGCAAGGACUGAAGGCGAAACAGAAGCAGCAGCAGCGCCGACGAGAAGAUGCCGGUGAGACGGGGCCACGUUGCACCCCAGAACACUUACCUGGACACCAUCAUCCGCAAGUUCGAGGGGCAAAAUCGCAAGUUCCUGAUUGCGAACGCACAGAUGAAAAACUGCGCGAUCAUUUACUGCAACGAUGGCUUCUGUGAGAUGUUCGGAUACUCCCGGGCGGAGAUCAUGCAGCAGCCCUGCAUCUGCGAAUUCCUUGCGGGACCCGGGACCAUCCAGACUGCGGUGUCCCAACUGGCACAGGCGCUACUCGGCUCCGAGGAACGGAAGGUGGAAAUCCUCUUUUAUACCAAAGAAGGUACCUGCUUGCCGUGUCUUGUGGAUGUGGUGCCCGUGAAGAAUGAAGAAGGCGCCGUUAUUAUGUUCAUACUGAACUUUCAAGAUCUUCACCCCAGUUCAGGAAGAAAGGGAGGCCUGCGGCACCGAAUGCACCAAAGCUGGAUCAGAGCAGGACAGAGCAGAUGCAUGAGGCUGAAGCUGCCGUCCCUGAGAUCAGCGACACUGCGACGAACUUCCUUCCCCAAGGAGUCGUUUGAUGGAGUCGUCGUUGAUUAUUUACAGCCCAGCAGUAGUGAAAUGCCUCUUAAAGAAUUUAGGAUCCCCUCCAAGGAGAGCUGCACUCAGUCAGAAACGCAGGCUUUGAUCGAGCAGGACUGUCCUCCAAAUCCAUUAAGCCACUCCUCCCCAAAGCGCACCCCAAACAGACUGGACCCCGAUGGGCCCUUCACUCUGGGCAGCCUAACUCAAGGACGGUCCCGGGACAGCAUGCGCAGCCUAAGACGCGCUUCGUCCCUCGAUGACAUCGACGCCAUCAGGAACUUCUGGGAUGGACAGACAAGGGAAUCGCCGCCCAAAGGAGGCGACUCCAAAGCAUUCAAGCCAAGCCUGUUGAAUUCGACGUCGGACUCGGACUUGGUGCGAUAUCGGACCAUCACCAAAAUCCCUCAGAUCACACUGAACUUUGGAGAGUUUGGCUCUGACAAGCUGCACUCUCCGUCCCCCACGGAGAUUGAGAUCAUCGCCCCUAGUAAAGUGAAGGACCGCACCCAGAACGUCACAGAGAAGGUGACUCAGGUGCUGUCGCUGGGUGCCGACGUCCUUCCAGAGUACAAGCUGCAGGCUCCCCGUAUCCACAAGUGGACCAUCCUACAUUACAGCCCCUUCAAGGCAGUCUGGGACUGGCUGAUCCUGCUGCUUGUAAUCUACACAGCCGUCUUCACGCCGUACUCCGCUGCCUUCCUCCUAAAUGAGCAAGAGGAAGAGCAGCGCCGCAGCUGCUACACAUGCAAUCCGCUCAACGUGGUGGAUCUCAUUGUGGACGUCAUGUUUAUCGUUGACAUCCUCAUCAACUUUCGCACGACCUACGUCAACACCAACGAUGAGGUGGUCAGCCACCCAGGCCGCAUUGCUGUUCACUACUUCAAGGGCUGGUUCCUCAUUGACAUUGUGGCGGCCAUCCCCUUUGACCUGCUCAUCUUCAGAUCUGGCUCUGAUGAGACGACCACUCUGAUUGGCCUCCUGAAGACGGCCCGGCUGCUGCGUUUGGUGCGUGUGGCCCGGAAGUUGGACCGCUACUCGGAGUACGGCGCAGCGGUGCUCUUCCUGCUCAUGUGCACCUUUGCCCUUAUCGCGCACUGGCUGGCCUGCAUCUGGUACGCCAUCGGCAAUGUGGAGCGCCCCUACAUGGUGCACAAGAUCGGCUGGCUGGACAACCUGGCCGACCAGAUUGGCAAGCGGUACAACGACAGUGACUUCUCAUCUGGCCCCUCCAUUAAAGACAAGUAUGUGACGGCGCUCUACUUCACCUUCAGCAGCUUGACCAGCGUGGGCUUUGGAAACGUGUCCCCCAACACCAACUCCGAGAAGAUAUUCUCCAUCUGCGUCAUGCUGAUCGGCUCUUUGAUGUAUGCCAGCAUUUUUGGAAAUGUGUCAGCCAUCAUCCAGCGGCUGUACUCUGGCACUGCCCGAUACCACACCCAGAUGCUUCGCGUCAAAGAGUUCAUCCGCUUUCAUCAAAUACCAAGUGCCUUGCGCCAGCGCCUCGAGGAGUACUUCCAGCACGCCUGGUCUUACACCAAUGGGAUCGACAUGAACGCAGUCCUGAAGGGCUUCCCAGAAUGUCUUCAGGCGGACAUCUGCCUCCACCUCAACCGCAAUCUGCUUCAGAACUGCAAGGCGUUCCGCGGAGCGAGCAAAGGCUGCCUCAGGGCGCUGGCAAUGCGCUUCAAAACCACCCACGCCCCGCCAGGGGACACGCUGGUCCACUACGGGGACGUGCUGACCGCCCUUUAUUUCAUAUCUCGAGGUUCCAUUGAGAUCCUGCGCGAUGAUGUGGUGGUGGCAAUUCUUGGAAAAAACGACACAUUCGGUGAACCCAUAAGUCUGUACGCCCGUCCUGGGAAGUCGAACUCCGACGUGCGAGCGCUGACCUACUGUGACCUGCACAAGAUCCAAAGAGAGGACCUCCUUGAGGUGCUGGACAUGUACCCCGACUUCUCGGACAACUUUUGGAGCAAUUUGGAGAUCACUUUCAACCUACGAGAUGCAGACAGAAUCGUCAAUUCCCUUCCAAGUGAGGACUCCGAAUGUGGAUAUCGACGGGCCCGCCGACGGAGACACUCGCUUCACAGACGAAACCGCCCUGAUGGAAUGGACCGAGAGGACUCGUACCCCGACCACACUUGCCACCAUCUGCCCAACCACCAAGGAGCGAUGCUAAGGCCCGACUGGAAUGAGCUCAGCAGCAGCUCCAGUUUGUGCUCCCAGUCCAGUGAAGAUGAGGUGAAGCCUUCAAGUCAGAGCAAAGUCGAGCCGAGGGGGGAGCUGCGUGACUAUCUGCCCACCGUGGUCAACCUGAGGCCUCCUGGCACCAAUGCUGCUGGCAUGGGAGGUCAUCCAUAUCCAGCCCCUCCGAUCAACAUGCCUGGCCUCCUUAGUUUCUGGCCCGAGAGGCGGCCCAGCCAGUACUCCGAGAGCCUUCAUCACUGUCCCCCCAUCAGAGCUGCGUGCCCACCGGCCCCCUGUGCAGAGGAGAGGCCUAGCGAACUGGAGACCCGGCUGGAACUUCUGCAGUCGCAGCUCAACAGAUUGGAGUCCCGCAUGACGGCAGACAUCAGUGUCAUCUUGCAGCUUCUUCAGAGACAAAUGGCUCCCGUACCCCCGGCCUACAGCGCACUUUCACCGAGCACACGUCCACCAAGCCUCUACAGUCCUGGGGCUCAGGCCAUGCACAACGUCCCCCCUGCCCAGAUGGACGGCCUGGCGUCCCCCUCGCAGAGCCCCGACUUCGCCGGCUUGGACCAGUUUAACCUCCAGUUCCACGACUCCAUCUCCAGCGGGAUCCACCUGACGGUGACGUCUGAUGACGCCAUGCCCGUCUACCCCGAUGUGGAGGCCGCGCCCCCCAGGCUUGACGCCAGCCCCUCAGGGAGCCCAGGACUCCACGGCAGCUCGCGUUCCCCUUCUCUGCCGGAGCACUUGGACACAUCGGGGGCCGUGUUUGAAAUGCAGAGACACGUGUCUGACCCUGGGCUGCCCUGGCCGCAGAUCACCCACGGCUCAGCGCUGGGCUCCCAGGACUUGUGAAAGCCUGGCACGAGAGGAGCCCCCCUGUGACGUUCACCCCCGGCAGUGGCUUCUACUAGAGCUUCUCGCGGCCAUUGUAACGAGCCCACCUGUCUUUGUCACCAUUUCUAGAUACAUCCCAGCCUGGAGUAAAGGAUCUGAGCGCGA